CCUCAGCCCCCUACCACCAAGCAUUACCUGUUUAUCUCCUGUAAUUAGUCAUUUGUGAACAACGAAGAUGGCUGGGUCCACCGAAGUUUACCGUGCAAGUGCUACGGCUCCUGUCAACAUCGCUGUUAUCAAAUACUGGGGGAAGCGGGAUGCUGUCCUUAACCUUCCCACAAAUUCCUCGCUCUCUGUGACCCUAUCGCAGGGUUCUUUACGUGCAUACACCACUGCAUCGUGUUCCCCUACCUACCCCACCGAUGCUGGCGAUUCUUUGACCCUCAACUCGCAACCGCAGAAUAUAAAAGACUCAAAGAGAACGCUUGCUUGCCUGUCAGAUUUACGAAGUCUCCGUCGAGAACUGGAGAAUGCAAACCCAUCUCUACCCAAACUCUCAGGUUUCCCUCUACGGAUUGUAUCGGAGAAUAACUUCCCGACUGCGGCUGGUCUUGCCAGCUCCGCGGCUGGUUUUGCUGCGUUGGUUCGCGCGGUUGCCAACCUUUAUGAGUUGCCCCAAUCGCCUAGCGAUCUCAGCCGCAUUGCACGCCAGGGCUCUGGUUCCGCAUGUCGCUCUAUGAUGGGCGGUUAUGUUGCAUGGCGUAUGGGGGUCUUGGAAGAUGGUAGUGACAGCUUCGCAGAAGAGGUGGCUCCGGCAAGCCAUUGGCCUGAGAUGCGUGCCCUUAUCCUUGUCGUUUCUGAUGCGAAGAAAGAUGUUCCCAGCACGCAAGGAAUGCAGGCAACAGUCGCGACCUCCACUCUUUUCCGAACCCGUGCUGAAACAGUGGUGCCUGCACGGAUGGCUGCGAUCGAGUCCGCGAUUAAAAACAGGGAUUUUGCUUCCUUCGCCGAGAUCACCAUGAAAGAUAGCAACAACUUCCAUGCAACCAAUCUUGACACCUGGCCACCUACGUUCUACCUCAAUGAUGUGUCUCGUGCUGCCAUCAGGCUGGUCCAUGAUAUCAAUCGCGCAGCUGGCGAGACUAUUUGCGCUUACACGUUCGAUGCCGGCCCAAAUGCCGUGAUAUAUUACUUAGACAAAGACUCGGAGCAUGUCAUUGGGACAUUCAAGUCAAUUCUGAAGGCUGAGACCGAGGGCUGGGAUGGUGUGUAUGGUGGCGCAGUUAAGCACAUAAAAUGCGGAAUUCCGCUGGAGAAUUUGGACUCGAGGGCUGUCGCUGAGCUGAAGGGUGGUGUCAAUACCGUUAUUCUAACUGGCGUCGGCGAAGGGCCACAAAAAGUGGGCCAACACCUUGUCAGCGAAACUGGUGAAAUUUUGAAAGGAAGCCCCAAUUGA